AUGUGGAUCAAACUGUGGUUAGGAGAGGAAGCAGACAUUCAGGAGCUACGCUGCAUUGAGGAUGAUGGAGCGCGCAAACUAGCUGUCCACACUGACAUACCUAACUGUGAGGUUCCCACGGCAAAGUUAACCCCAUCCAAUGUGACGGUAUCGGAGGAGGAGAACGUGCAGCUGUCAUGUACGACCUCUGGUGUGCCAUCACCUGAGCUAAUCUGGGAUAUGGCAAUUGUCACCAGCUAUGAGAUUGUGACAUCAGGCCAGGUUUCGGUGCUGCGGCUAUCCAACGUGUCUUCCCUGGAUCACAACAGCAAGAUCAGCUGCACAGCUGAAAACAUUGUUGGAGGGAAGGAGUCCUCCGUGAUGCUGAAUAUACUAUUUCCUCCCAAAAUCACAAAGCUGAGUGACGCAAUCUCAGAUCAUCACUGGUGUAUUCCCUUCAGCGUGACAGGAAACCCUAAGCCAACUUUUAAGUGGUUUCUGGGGGAUAAGGCGGUGGAGGAGACUCUCUACAUCUCCACCAGGAUCCAUGAUUAUGCUGAGAGAGAGUACCAUGGCUGCUUGCAGUUGGACAACCCCACACACAUUAACAAUGGGCGUUACACACUAUUGGUUGCAAACCGCUAUGGCUCAGACCAAAAGGAAGUUGAGGCUCACUUCAUGCACGGGCCUUCCGGUGCAACGGAUACGGAUCCUUACUAUUAUGAUAUACCCACAGAUGCCCCUCCUGUGGAUCAGGACAGAGUCGCUGUGUACGUGGUGGUGGGCAUCGCUGCUGUAGCCUUCACUGGUUUCCUUCUAAUGCUGGUUAUUCUCAAAUUUGGAGGAAACUCCAAGUUUGGCAUCAAAGGACCAUCUUCUGUGAUCAGCAAUGAUGAUGACUCGGCCUCUCCUCUUCACCACGUCUCCAAUGGCAGCAACACUCCUUCAUCCUCAGAGAUGGGCCCUGACGCGGUAAUCAUCGGCAUGACCAAGAUCCCAGUGAUUGAAAAUCCUCAGUACUUCAGAAGCACAAACAGCCUGCUCAAGACUGACACGUUUGUUCAGCAUAUUAAAAGACAUAACAUUGUGCUGAAGAGAGAGCUGGGAGAGGGAGCCUUUGGAAAAGUCUUCUUGGCUGAGUGUUAUAACCUCUCACCUGACCAGGAGAAGAUAUUGGUGGCUGUCAAGACACUUAAAGAGGCCAGCGAAAAUGCCAGGAAGGAUUUCCACCGUGAGGCUGAGCUGCUGACAAACCUUCAGCAUGAACACAUUGUCACAUUCUAUGGAGUGUGCGUGGAGAGCGACCCGCUCAUUAUGGUGUUCGAGUACAUGAAACACGGUGACCUCAACAAGUUCCUCAGGGCUCACGGUCCAGAUGCAGUUCUAAUGGCAGAGGGCCAGACCACCAGACCUGUGGAGCUGACCCAGUCUCAAAUGCUUCACAUUGCCCAGCAGAUAGCAUCUGGCAUGGUCUACCUGGCAUCACAACACUUUGUGCACCGUGACCUGGCCACCAGGAACUGCCUGGUGGGUGAGAACCUGCUUGUAAAGAUUGGAGACUUUGGCAUGUCAAGAGAUGUCUACAGCACUGACUACUACAGGGUUGGAGGCCAUACCAUGCUGCCCAUCCGCUGGAUGCCUCCUGAAAGCAUCAUGUACAGGAAGUUCACAACAGAAAGUGAUGUUUGGAGUCUCGGAGUUGUUCUCUGGGAGAUCUUCACCUAUGGAAAACAACCUUGGUACCAGCUCUCCAAUAAUGAGGUGAUAGAGUGUAUAACCCAGGGCAGGGUGCUGCAGCGCCCUAGGACCUGUCCUAAAGAAGUGUAUGACCUGAUGCUGGGCUGCUGGCAGAGAGAGCCGCACAUGCGACUCAACAUUAAAGAAAUCCACAGUCUGCUCCUCAACCUGGCCAAGGCCUCACCUGUAUACUUGGAUAUACUGGGCUGAACACAGGAGGAAGACAAGGGAGGGUUUUAGAUGUGUGUAUGCGAUGUGUGUGCAUUUAGGCGGGGAUGGUUACUGAAUGUGAAUGCGUAUUUGUGCUUGCGUGCAUGUGUAUGCGUGCUGAAGCAUACAGUUCUCAUGCAGGUGUGCGUGUGUGCAAGGUGUCGCUGUACAGGAUGUGAAGCUAUUAUUAAACUCUCAAAGGCAAUCAAAAAAUUCCUCAACUGAUCCCCCGAUCGCCUCUUUCUCCCUGCCGAUUUCCUCUCCUUUAUGCAUUUCCACUUCUUCCCUCCUUCCUUCCCGAAGAGACAUUUAAGAGUAAUUUAACUUUGGAGUAAAAAAAAACAAAACAUAAAAAAAACAGCAUCUCACUUAUUUUCAAAUGCUUUAAACUGACUGGGGCUAAACUGAUGAAACCUGAUUAAAAGGACUUAAAUGACUCACUCCUUGCUUCCUGUUGGACAACAGGACUCGUUUGAACAUCCGGAAAUUUCAAGGAGAUGUGGCGAGGGGAGGAUUUCCGGAAGCUUCGAUCUUGUGUGUGUAAAUAUGAGACUGGUGAGACAUUUCAGAAGGAAAUGGCUCCGCGAGACGUCGAGCCAUAAAGACACUGUGUUUUCCCCUCUCACCCUGUCGGUUUGUCUGUCUUUUUUGUCUGUCUUGCAGAAAUGCACAUCAGUAUUAAUGUCUGCAUUUAUCCAACAAGACUACACAGGCAAUGAUUAACACAUUGGUACACAUGAAGUAAAUUGCGUGUAACCAAAUAACGACUGGAAAAAAAAAAAUAAAAAAAAAACCACGCAGGGAAAGUAAACAAAAUCUGCUUUCCUGUCACCACAAAAUUAGGGGAUGUGAUGAAAAGAUAAUUUCUGCUCGGCCAAUUUUGCUGAUACAAAAAAAACAAUCAGCAACAAUACAGCGCCAGCUGAGGCUGAACUGAACUGCUGUGAUGACAGAAUAAUUCAGGAAGAUGGCUGAGGAAUUCUGCUGUUCGUAAUUGUGAAUAACACAAAUGUAAAAAAAUGUAUCUGAUCUAAAAAAUCUGCUCAUUGACAUGAGUUAAUGGAAAUGUGCAUUCAUACACUAUUUUACUGCUGUUUUCUGUUCCUUUUACUCAGGCCUGUACUGCACUGUCAUACAGCACAGGGUAACAUGAGGACUACUCCCCCAGCCCCCUAAAGUGACAGAUGCUUCACCUUGUGAUGUCAAGUGCUCAUGUCGGAGGUCAAUUGAUUCAUUUGUCCACAGCUGUCCAACAAUCGCGAGAUCACGUUGUUGAGAAGGGAGGUGUAAAGGUUGCUUAGGGAGGCUGGGGGUUUGAGUGGUCAGAUCACGGUCAGAUGUGUGGGUGCCGGCAUUGUAGAAGGUGUGGUUCAUUUGGUCAACCCAUAUUAAAUCAUCAAAGCUCUCAGCACUCAGACAUCCUUGAAAACCACAUCUGCGCUACAGGGGAUGCACACGAGAACACACACACACACACGGUAUACCUUAUCCCGUCGUCCUUCCAUCCCCACGAACACACACAUGUACACUGAAAGUCACUCAAAACUGUCCGAGAAGGAAAUUGAAUUGUGCAUGUUUUAUUAUUUGAGCGGUGCAGUGCUUUAGCCAGGCCCCGUCCUCUGUAAUGGUGUAAUGUAUAUUUCAUUACAGCCUAAUGGGCUCCAUUAGCACAGUCUCCUCACAGACAUUCAAGACUUAUUGUUUUAUGGCCGAGAAGGAAGGGUGGAAGGAUGGAGAGGAUAGAAGAGGUGAAGGAGAAGAAAACAAAAGUGAGGGGCCCGGAAUGAGGAGCACUGAAGAGGAGAAACAGGAGGAGAGGUAAUAAUGCAUACUGAGAAGAAAUGGAGAGGAAGGGAGAGAGUUCAGAUCGGAAGCAAUGGGGUAGAAAGGAGAAGACGAUGGGAGUGUGAAGGUACGAAUGGGUCAUGUUGAGAAAGAUGAAGGAGGAAGAGGAGAUAGUUGAGCGAAAAGGCGGAGGGAGAGAGAGGCGGAAAGAGAGGUGUAAAUGUCCCCAGGGAGAAGGUGAGAGUGAACAUCCCUCAUUACUGUAGCCUGCAGAUGUUCUGUAAGCCACAACUUCAACUUCACGCUCUCCUCACAUUCCUAUGGCUGCCCUCAACCACAUUUUACACACACAGACACACACUGUCCCCACACACACAUUUUACUGGCAGUCCACCAACGGCUUAAACCGAAAAUAAACUCAAUAAUGUACCACACAUCCCCAUUAUUGAGAACCACUUCACUCACUUACAGUACAGCUCGCAUAUCUGAAAGCUUACAGACACACUGUAUAUACAGCUCUAGUGCAUGCAAGGAAACACAUUCAGUGUUUUUUUGUUUGGGUUUUUUUUUGCAUUUUAAUGCGGCACAUU